CAUUUAAUAAUACUUAUACAUAACUACAUGUGUGUGUACGUGUGCAUUUAUAGAUUGUUGCAUUAUCUUGACACUGAAGCAAUCUACUCAAAGUGAUUACUUAUACGUGAUAACUUUCAUAGCAGAACACCACUGCGCAUGAGAUGAUAAGGUUUUUCAAAUUGCAAUUAAUUUCAUUAAUUACAUAUAAAUGUAUGGAUCUAUGAAUCAUUCCUGCAUUUAAUCUAAAUCUGACAAUUGAUAUUUGAACAUACAUACUACAAACAACUACACAGUGUUUUCGGACAAAAUCCUUUAUACAAUAUAUACUUUGAGGAUAAGUGAAUGUAUCGUCCUAUAUAACGCAAUGCUGAUCACGAUUGUCACAAGAAGAUAUGUGGACAAUUGGUUUCUCAUACUGGUGUAUGGCGUGCUAGCUACAGCGGCCUUUGACGCCUAUCGAAUGAAGUACAUCUGUUUUAAACAAUCUGUGGGGUUGGUUUGGUUGAAGUAGCUUGCCCUGAUUCUCGCCAAGUUGUCUAAGAUGUGUUCGGUUGUUAGAGUGUUACGGCAUUUGUAUCUUUGCGGAGUUUUGUUGGUGAUCAGAUGUUCGUGUGUAAGCUUCGUGUGUAAAAUAAAUAAAUUUACUAUUUUGGUUUUGGCGUGUUUGUUGGGUAUAUGACGCCUAGACCAUUUACAUUGAAAAUGGUAUAUCUGUGAUGGAAAAUUUUCCAAUUAGCUGCCUUUUUUUGUUGUAUAUAUUGGGAUAUAUAGUGUUGGAAAGACUGGGUUAUUACUCGGCACCCAGAAAAGAACAAUUUUUUUUGUGACAAUUAUGCUCCGAGUUUGGGCGAUUAAGUUGUUAUGACAGUUUAUGUUUUUCACGGAGAAAAUUGUUGAUAGACUAUCAGAAUAUACUACGUAUUUUCCUGUAUUAUUACGCACAAACGAGCAUGCCUUUAAUAUGGCUAAAGCCUCGGCUGGAAUAAUAGUCAGGAAGGAGGCCUCCUGAAAUUAAGGUGUUGUUAAUGUCGACGACAACGAAGACGGUUGCGAUAUUGGAUUUAGUUGCAUCGGGACUACAAAGAUGUGCAGCUAGAAAUACAAAUGGAUUACAUAAGAGACCAGUUGGAACGCAAGAGCUACAAAAGAAUUACCGCGAUUAAGAUUCUCAAAGCCCGCAGAGCCAAAACCAAUAAAUGACUUCAUAGAAUUUAAUCCAUCUGGUAAGUUAGUUAGCAAUUAGUUUUAAUAUUGACCAAUUAUUUGUUGAAAUUAGCAAAGAAUGUUAAUAAAUAAAUAUUAAUAAAAUUCAUUAAUUCUCUGAAAACAGUACCUGUACGAAGCAUACAUUAAGGAGCAACAAGUCCAAUGAAUUAAUACCUAAGUAUAGAAAGGAUUAGUUGAAAAAUAUAUCCAAUAUGUAAUCAGCCGCAAUGACGCUCAGUGGGAGAAACAGAUGAAAUAAAAACUUCAGCAAAUAUGACAAUUAUACCUUCACAAAAAUUGGAAUAAGAAUAAUUUUUGUUGAAACGUAAAUUUUUACAUUUUACAUAAGUAUCAAACUGCUCUACUUAAUAUUUGGCUCGUUUCGACCUAUUCUAAGCCAUUUUCACGUAUUUGAAUACAACUCGAUAUUACCGCCUUCAAAAUAUACUGCUUUUGAGCGAAUGCAAGCAUGUCAACGUUAAUCCAAUUUUCAAUACACUUGUUAUAAGUCUCGGCUGGGAUGGCCAUCAGUGCUGUCAGUGAAUUUAGGGGUUUUCGGUUCCGGCUCAUUUUUGGAACGUCAUUAGCUAGAUUGUUGGAUAUUUUCGCCGACAUGUUUACAGACCCACCUCUAGUCACCAGUAAUGAUGUGAUUGAUGUAGGGUUCUCAGCCACAUUGUCAAGCGACCUCUACUUUACGUCGUUUUUUUCAAAAGAUUCAGGUCUCUUGGUACGAUCUAGCAUUGACACGCUUCAUACCUAUAAUAUUAACCAAAAUGGUUGAGUCGAUCCAUAAGAGAUGUUGAGAUUCUCUGCUAUCUCUCUGUCAUGAUUAACAGAGGUGGAUGGACGACUCGCAUUAGGUAAGUGUUCGAUGACUUCACGACUUUGAAUGCUUUGUAAUACAUAACUAUUUGUGUUCGUGAUAAAGAAGACUCUCUAAAAUACUUCAGCAACAUUUUUAACGGUUCCGUGGCCGUGAUUCCAUUGAAAACACAAAAUUUCAAAUAAACUCGUUGUUCAAUUUUUUUACAUAUGGAGAUCAAACUUCACACGAACAUAAAAAAAGUCUGGGAAAACGUUUAUAGUCUGAAAAGUUUUCCCUUAAGUCUUUAUUUCAAAUAAGGCUGAUUAUAUCUUAAACUUUAGUUCAUCUUUUUUAGAAGCUUUUGACAGCAUCACAAUGAAUGGGUUGUUGAAAUGAAUAGCCAAGUCUUCGAUAGUGUUUUUACGAGAUUUUUGGAGUGUUAUUUCAAAUUUGAAGAUCUUUGUUUUUGGCUUCGAGAGGUUUUUCUGACAGCUUACCAAUCGGAAGUGUUUCUGCAGCAUGUUUUAGAAUUUUAUGGACAGAUGUAGGCAAAUAAAACCAUGGAUAGCACUUCGCUUGCCAGAGUUAUAGAAACUAGUAUUGGCCGCAGAUAAAAGAACAUCGCAUGGAAUUUCUCUUACGAUAUGCGUACAUUUUUUUGUGUGUUUUUUCUUGACAAUUUGUAAAGUUAUGUUUGGGUCGUCCAACAAGUGAGUUUUUUUCUUGUUUCUUACUUUUCUCAACAUUCCACGCCAAUUUUUCGAAAAAAUUUUUUAUUUCCUUAGAUAUAUUAGCGCUCACUUUAUCAAUAAUAUUGCUGACCGCUGACAUCAUAAGCCAACAUCGUCAUACUUGUACAUACAGUGGCACGAAUUUGAAAAAAAAAUCAAAUCAAUCAAAUCAGUAAUCGAAUUUUUUCUUCACAGUGACAUAAUGGAUGACAUAAUUUUUCAGAGCUCUAAUCAAAAUUCCGUAUAUGUGUUAAAUUCUAAUUAUCGAUAUUAUGGGAACUUCGCCCGCCUAAAUGUGAUCGAACCUAAUGACGCGAUCAGUAAAAAUCAGUCACAUUGUCAACACGCAUCGCUUACGAAUUCUGGCAAUCACAGUUUUUCUACGACUACUCUGCCAAUGCAGUAUAAACUACGUCAUUUUGGAAAGUUUUGUGAUGUUCCGGAAGCAAUCGAAAAUUCUGUAACGACAGCACCUACUACAACAAUAAACCCGCCUGCAACGACAUGCUUGGCAUCUACAGAUGUACUUCAAAAAUUCUUCAAUUGCAAUUUCGUAGCAAAUGUCGGUGGCUGCGACAGUCUUCAUUCAAUACAUGCCGAUUGCUGUAGCGGAGGAGCAGCUGGUGCCUGCACAGAUACAAACCCGAUGCAAAAUACUUGCAAAAUCAAACCCAAUAACAACAAUAAGAAAAAGAAUAUUAACUUAAAACCUUCCCUAAUCGCAAAGAAAACGAAAUUCCGAAAAUUCAUUGAAGAAGAAAAAUGGAAGACCAGCGAUGAAUGCAUUUUGGAAAACGAAUACCAGAAUAACCACAAUGUUCGUGUCGAUUUUCCCGGUUCCAGUAGACUCACUGAAUUUCGUACCAACUCAAGUGUGAAGGAAUCAAAUACCGCUGAGUCAACUACACUAACCGCUUCAAUGGCCGCAAUGACAACUUGUGAGCCGUUGAACAACAGCGUCAAGCAUUACUGGAAUAGAAAAAUGAAGACGAAUACAGCGGACAGCGGGAGAAAGAAAUACCAGCAGCAGAACCAAUCGAACAAUUGGAGCGGAAGUGGCGAGAGCAACAAUCAACAGCAGCAAGCCCAACAACAACUGAAGGUGUUGAAGUCAACCCAGCAACAAAAAACCAAUUAUGAGCUUUACAAGGAUGCCGCCGAUUUGCUUGGAUUGCCUUGCACACUUUGUGAUAACUGCCGUUGCCUCGAAUGCCAGAGCAGCUACUUCGAUUGUGAUGACUCGGACAGCUUCUCAGAAGUAUCUAACUCCGAUGAGUACGAUGACGAUACCAUGAACGUAUUUAACAAUUCGUUUGAGCUCUUGAUGUAUGCUAAUUGCUACAGUGAUGAUACGAUGACAGUCAAUGGAAUAUCGACAAUAAAGCAACGACAACGGCAAAAAGUGGUUCGUUGUUCCCAAGAGCAACGACAGCCUAAUUUCACUUGCGCUGAUGUAAAUUGCAAUGCAAGAGAAUUCUGUGGUGUUGACCGAGAUAGUUACAAUAUGGCUGUCAACGGCGGCGAAGAAGCUGCCAAUGGCACUGAAGGAACAUACGUCAUCAAUCAAAAUGGACUGCACUCGGUACAGUGCAAUGAAGGCAAUGAACUGGAAAAUUGUACAAGUUUAAAUGGGCUUAGUUUGAGGGAUGCCAAUAUAGAUAUGCCGCUAAGCACUGGAAGCGAAAACCGAGGAUAGAAGCACGUUUGUGGACACGUUGGAGAGAUGUAUUCAAAUAAUCCACAUAAACCUUUAACAACUAUUGAGUGACAUGCGUUUUCGGCCCUAAUGUAUUCAAUCACAGUUUUUUAUUCAUGCGGUGACUAUAAUGUCAAAAUUCACUGGAAACAAUAAUACAUCACAAAUUACAUGUAAAUAGUGUAAUUGGUAUUAGCGCCAGAAAUGAGUUUUUUAAAUCUAUAUCUAUAUCAAAUUUCGAGAAAUUCUUAGCAUUAUCAUAUGUUUAGAUUAUACUUAUUUGUAGUACUGUUAUUAAAGUCAGUACUAAUUGUUAAUUGAUCCAUCAGCUACAUAUAUACAGUGAAUCAAAAAAACUUAUUCAGGGAGAUGGUUUGACUUUGAAGUGACUUAUUUCCACCUUUGCCCUCUAUCAUGGUUCGCGAGUCUUUUAUUUUUAGAAUACACCAAAUGCGUAAGUUCAGGAGGUAUAUUUUCUGAAGAGCAACUUUGCUGGUAUGGACUCCGCGGAGGGUGCAACAGCACUUGUUUUAUUGUACAACAACUAUUCCUUAACCACUAAACUGAAAUGCUUCGGGUCGUUAUCUUGAAUAAAUUAUAAUUGUGUUCAGAUGCUGACGGAGCCAAAUUAUUUUUUAUUAUUCACAAGUAUUCCAUUCUUUACAUAAUUCCUUCGAUGAAAACAAGGUUACUGACGGCAUUUGCUCCCACUACAUUUCUUUUGCUGCCAUUGUGCCACACACCUCACAAUGCAGCCUCCUCCAUGCUGAGAGUUUUAUUAAAUUUUUUAUUUAUUAGCGCUUAACCUUCUUUACGCCAUACGAAUCGACAACCAUCAGAUCCAAAUAAAUCAAAUUUGGACUCAUCUGUAAAAAUUACAUAAUCCUAAAAUUCGUUAUCACGGUGGAUAUACUCUUUGGAAUAUUUUAGCUUCCUACAACUCCUUAGCGUUAGCGGCGGUUGAUAUUUUUGGGUGUUUCAACCUGGGGCGUGUAAAUUUUUUGGGCAUUCCACUACCAUCAAGUUUUUCAACUCCACUAGUCUUUUUGAAUUUAGCAAAAAUGUACUGAACAAUAAUAUGUAUUUUAUUUUAAAUAUUGUCUAUUUCGCGAGUAAAUUUGUUCUCUUGCCUUUCCUAUUUGACUAUCAGUACCUAUAAAUCUUUAGAGGUUUGUUUAUUCACCAUUUUGUCUGCAAAAACUACAACCGCACAAAAUAAAUUCGCUUAUCAAAGAAUACAUUUUGACCAUACUCAAAUAUUAUAAUACCAGAUAAAAAAUAUCGGUACCUACUUGAACCUGCAUUUAAGUAUUGCCAAUGUAAGUGUACAAACUUUUUUGCCUUCUAAUUUUUUUAAUUGUUUGCAAUCGUUAUCACCAAAAUUGAUUUAUUUUUUAAAUUUUUAUGAAUGUUUCGGUUUCAAAUGAUAUUAUAUAUGCAAACUUACUUCAUACUAAUUGCUCUAUGUCUAUAGCUAUGUAUAAUCAAAAAUUAUUUACGCUAAGUUCAUAUGAUUAUUUUUACUUUAAGAAUUACCUAGUUCAAAUCAGAAAAUCUAUUGUCUCGUCAAAUAUAAAUAUAUACGUAUUAGAAAAAAUGUAUAUGCUUAAUAUUAUGUAGCUAAAAUAAGUAAAACUACUUACUCAUAUAAUGAACUUAAAUUUACUUACAUACAUUGUCUUUUAUUAUAUAUGUACAAAAAUAUAACAUAUUUACUAUACUCAUGUGUGCCAAAUAAAUUUAAAAUAUAUAAUAUAUAUUGAUAUUUCGCCUUAAAAAUUAGAAUUGAAAAUAUUGAAAUUAUGCGAGUGCAAAUCACACAUUCGAGUGUGUGCGAUUUCAUAACAAAGUUUGUGAACCAAGUAUAUAUGGAUAUUAUAUACAUAUAUGAAAUAAGUUUUGAUGUUCAAAUAACCAUUUGAAUUACGUACUAUACAUAAAUAUGUUAAUUGUUUGUGCUCUUUUACUUUAUAUGAGGCUGUAAUCAUCCACGUAAAAGUUUCGAUAAGUUUGUCAUAUGCUCAAUAACUUUUCGACUACACUUGUGUACAAAAUAAGAGUACUUUAAUAAAAAAUGUUAUUGAACUCAUUUGGUGACGCUGAACAAGAAAUUAACUUCGAUUAUGUUUCCAAAUACGGUUUGUCAAAAAAUCUGCUUUCUGAACCUUUUACAGUUCACCACAAACACACCUUAAAAUGAAUAAUAAAACUACAUAAUAUUUUCCACAAAAAAUAUCCGUUUGUGAUUCACUUUAAUCACUAAUCCUUCAUCUACUGCCGUUUUCUUGUUCAGCAAGCGCAAAUUAGUUCAACAAGGUAUUUAGAUUGUAAAUAAUCUCAAAAUUAUUCAAUAAAGUAAAAAGUUAUCCAUUA